GUCGAUAACUAUUCAGUCUGUAGUUUUGAUAUAGCCCAUUCGUAACUCUGCAACGAACAACUUUACCACACUGUUUCACGAAUUCACUAUUUUCGUCUCGUUACAGAUCCGCUUCAAUGACAUAACAUGUCGUGUAAAAGAGUUUUGACUGUCUUGGUAUUGGUUACGGCUUUGCCUGCUGUCCUAAGUUUUAAUUUACAUAUUUUGGAGACUCUUGAUAGUUUAAAGUUACGUUUAACGAAGAAAAUUUAUGAUUUCGACCCAGUAAAUAUCUAUGGUGAAAGGAUUCCACUGGCAAUACUUUAUGGAUCUCCAAUGAUAAUAGUAAACAUACCGUUCGACUGUGAUGCUAAACGUAUUUUCGUUUUAAAUGAUCUAAUGGCUCGGUACUCCGAAGAUGGACUGAAAAUACUUGCUUUUCCAACGGACGAGUUUUCGCCGAAAUACCCUCUCGAUCAAUUUACUUCACCAUCCGUAAUAAGGGAUUGGGUUAAUGACAACCAACUACAUUUCAUGGUUUUUUAUAAAAUAUUUGUCAAUGGAAAAUACACUCAUCCGUUAUGGAAAUAUUUGAAAUCAACUUUUGAUCUUUACGAUAAUGACAUAAACGAAGAUUACACAAUGUUUUUGGUAGACAAAAGUGGAAAGCCCGUUGAAAGAAUUCCUGGAACUCCUUGGCUUUCAACUGAAGAAUAAAAAGGAACUGUUAUGCACUCAGAUCUCUAGGCCACUUUCGGUUAAGGCGUCUAUUUGAUAAUCAGUAAGUAAAUGGUUAGAUAAGUUUGUAUCUGUUUUCAAGAGAGGUAAAAAAUGUUGAGGUGACUGUUUAGUUGUUAA